AUGGCGCUGUCGGUUCUUAGUGUAACAAUAGGCUGCUGCCGCCCAGGAUAUCUUCCAGAAUUAUCACUACUGCUGGCACUUUUGUUCAUAGCCUUCUAUAAAUCAUUCAUAAUGUCAUUGGAUCGUGGACCUAUUGCUCAAAGUUGCAGUAGACGCCUCCAAAAUGGGCGUGAUCACGUUGAACGUGGUCUCUCAGGAGAAAGGCACCAAGAAGACGAUGCAGUUCGAUCCGACAACGCUCGUCUUCGAUGUGUGCAAAGUGAUUCGCGAGAAAUUACACAUGAAUGUCGACCGACAAUGUUGAAGGGUGCACAUGUUUGCAGUAUGAGGGAGGGAGUAGCGGGGGUGACGCCCCCUUCACAUACCAAGCUGUAUGGCCUGGUAGGUGAACAUAUGUGUGUUGUUGGAAGAUCUGGCAUGAUAAGAUGUGUUGCGGGGGUUGGGAAACCCAUAAACUCGUGGGAGGGAGUUGGUAACUGGAAGCAGUAA